GAAACAUAUCGACGGAUUACAAAAUCAUCCUAAAAUAGAAUACAAGAGUCCAAAACAGAUUAAACAAAUAAAAAUAUUCCAAAAGUGGUAAUAAGUCAAAAAUCAGAUCAACUUAAAGAAGUAACUGAGUAAAAACAUAUGAUAACUAAACUUGCCUACGUGAUUUAAACACAAAAUUUAUAAUUUUUGGGGGGACGAGAGUGAUCUACACUAAUCGCUUCAGCCAACAACAGAAGCUUUAUCAGCUUGGUCAAGAGAUUGGGGCGAGAGAGUAAAGAGUUCGUCGUUCAACGACUCGUUUUGCGGUUACAUGGUAAAAGGUGUGUGCGUUCCCCUUGCCUUCCGCAGAAUACCCUUAUCAGCACAUGAAAAUCUAAUUUCCAAACAGCUGCAGAUAGUUUGCAAAACAAAUUUUUGUUUUAAAACAAAUGCAAUUCAGAGUGGUGCAAUUAUACAACAUUAUAACGACAAUAAGCAAAAGCAAUUGCAAUUGUGGUGCAAGACAAGGAAGAACUAGUGCAAAUGAAGACUACAAAACGCAAAGUAUAAACAGAAAGACAUAUCCAAUAGUGAGUGUAAGGUCCCUUUCAAGGUUAAAUUGAAGGCAUACACUUGUUGGAGGUCAAAUUUUUGUGAAUAACACAUAUUUCAGGUUUUACUAAGUAAAUGUGGAUCAGUCGAGCUGAAUUGUUUACAUGACAUAGUCGGCAUCAAAAGAAGCAAGACAAAAAGUGAAAGUGUUAAGAGUGAGUAAAUUUAUAAAAAAAAUGGAAAGAUUUCCACAGUGUGCCAUUUGUGGUACGACGCAGCAACUGUUGCGUUGUGCCAAAUGUAAAUCAAUCUUUUAUUGCUCAACUGCACAUCAACAUAUGGACUGGCCAAAGCAUAAACAGUCCUGCCGCAUGUUGGCUAAACAAAAAAAUGAUAAUCGCAUGCAACAUUUGCAACAAGCUGUGGCGGCUACGACGCUAAACAACACAAACAACCAACCAACAAUGUCCGCUACAAGCAAUGAUAUCGAUACUGGGCACCAUCACUGGUCUGCACCCACAAACGAAGUGGGUAUCAUCGGCUUUGGAUUAUUAGAUGGCAACGGUAGUGCCGAAGUGGAUCCCAGUAUAUUAACUGCAGUAUCUCCAAUUGCUGUUAUGAUGGAUAAGCAUGGAAAUGGUUGUAUGUACGAUCAGUCAAGCAAUGUGGUGAAUGAAAAUAAUCACAUACCAGUGCCAGAUACCGGUGGCACCGGGAUUGGUGCAAGUCAAAUGCAAAAUAGUACCACGUUGUGCAUGCAACCGCAUUAUCAUAGUGUCGAUCAACGUUUACUCUCGCCGCAAUAUCACCAACAACAGCAACAAUUAACGCAAAAUCAGUUGCAAUAUCAACAAAUACCGUCAACACAAACGCAGUAUCCACAAUCAGCUAAUUUCCCAACACAUAAUAGGACACUUCAUUAUGAAAAAAGCAUAAGCUGUCAAGUGGGAAGUGGCGGUGGUGUGGAUGAAAACGCUUUUGGUAAUGCAAAUGAACGGCGCUAUGAUGAUUUAUGUCGUAACAUUAUAAAUGACAUGAAUGAGUAUGGUCUCUCGGUGGUCGAUGAUUUUCUUGGUGUUGAGAAGGGCUUGCAAAUACUCAAUGAAGUUCACGGCAUGUAUUCAGCUGGCGUUUUCCAGGACGGUCAAUUGGUGAAUAACUUGCGUGAGGAAAAGCUGCGUACAAUACGUGGCGAUAAGAUAACGUGGGUUAAGGGUGUGGAGCCAGGCUGUGCAAAUGUUGGAUAUUUGAUAAAUCAGAUUGAUGCAGUAAUUUGCAGGGCAAAUACAAUGAAAAAUAAUGGUCAAUUGGGCAACUAUAAUAUUAAGGAGAGAACAAAGGCUAUGGUAGCUUGCUACCCGGGUUCCGGCUCACAUUAUGUUGUGCAUGUCGAUAAUCCGAAUAAAGAUGGUCGUGUUAUAACGGCUAUUUACUAUUUAAAUGUCAAUUGGGAUACGGAACGCAGUGGUGGCGUCUUACGAAUUUUCCCAGAGCACGGUAAUUCAGUUGCUGAUAUCGAGCCGAAAUUCGAUCGACUGAUCUUUUUCUGGUCCGAUAGACGUAAUCCUCACGAAGUACAACCCUCACAUCGCACCCGCUACGCCAUUACUGUAUGGUAUUUCGAUGCUAAUGAACGUGAAGCGGCGUUGAAUCGCAUCAAAAACAACAAAAACAAUGUUAAGUCAACAAUUGAUACAACAACAACAACAACAAAUGCAAAUACAACAAUUGGUACAAUGUCUAUGUCGUCUGCGAGUGUGCACGACAACCACCAUUCAGACAAUACAUUUACAACAAAUCAACAAAUCUACUCAACAAAUGCAACAUCAACGGCGACAGUACCAACAACGGCAACGCCAACAACAUCUGCAGAUACCAAAACGCUUACGAAUGCUCAUCCAAAUGCGAUUGUAACCAAUGGCAAAUGUGCGAGUAUAAAUAGCGGCUCGGCGGCGAAUACAAUAGAAAAACACACGAAUAGUAGUAAUAAUUCAGUGCUGGCGAAUUCGAAUGAAAUUUGUACAUAACAACAUCAUAAUCAGCAGUUAUUGUUGAUGAUUUUGUAAAAUCGCAGAGCAGAAAAAAUUGGGCUGUAUGGUGUUGUUGCUGUCUGUAUGUGAUUUUUUCUUCCCAUUUUUGCAAUAUGUCAUGUGGUUGCCGAUAACGCUAACAGCAGAGCGCGGAUUUGUUGGUCGCCUCAGAGUUUUUUUUUUUUCAACUCUACCACACGCCAAGUCACCGCAAAUACCUUCGUGAGGUUUUUUCUUUGCAAAUAAAUGUAAAAUAAAUUGAAACCCCCAAUGGGUAGUUCAGAAAGUUAUGUGAAAAACCGUAUUGGAUAUGAGAGUAAUAUGUUUGUAUAGCUAGAAGUAUUAUAUACAUAUAAAUUGGAUGUAAAAAAUACAUAUGUACAUCUCCUAGACUUAGGCGACAUAGCUUAACGAAAUUGUGAUGUAUGCAACUAGUUGAAUAAAGAGAUACAUAUUUGUAUGAAGUAAGCAUAAAUACUUGAAUGUGCGCCUAUUACUAAAAUGUGAUAAAGACGUUAUAG